AUGGCUACUAUCCACACCCCGGCCAAGAAGCCUGCAAGUGAAGAAAGAGACAGGAGCUCUAUAGGCUCCACGAAUGAGACAGAGAAGGCAAGACCUUCUCUUAAGAGAAGCCCGACGCCUACGACAAGUGUGAGAAGGAGUGUAGGAGAGUGGGAGACGGGGAGAGUUGAACCAAAAACUGUGUCGGAGACUUCUCCAAAAAUUAAUCAGAAGACACGGCCGGUACCAAAAUCAAAAACAAUCGUUCCCCUGGAAGGGAUGGAACUGCAAAAGGUACCAGCGGGACUCUCCGGUGUCCCCAAAAAGGCCUCUCUACAAUACCGGAAUCGAGUUGCCGAGGCCAGAGCAUGCUUAAACAAAGCAAAACUCCAUCUCGGCAAUUCCAAGAAUUUAAAGACAGAGAUCAAAAAUGAAGUUGUUCAAGCAAUCGACCGACUAUACCAGCUGGUAAAAGAGGCAGAACUAGAGAAAGAAAAGACUUCUGGAAAGAUAGCAGGUACAGUAAGACAGGAAAUAGAAGAAACUCAAGCGAAAGGAGGAGAAAUCAAGGCAUUCUACUAUGAAGAAGGGAAAGACUCUGAAGACACCUUCCUAAAGAAGCUAGACGAACACGCUAAACUAUUAGAAGAAAACAAAAAAGAGAUGGAAAGCUUGAAAGCGAUUUUAUGUCAGCAAGAGUGCCGAGAGAGAACGACAUAUGCAUCCGUGACGGCAAGCACUGUCAGAAAAACACCUCCUGAGACUACGGCUAUCCAUUCGGUAGCAGUCACUUCAAAACUUGAGACUGAAACUGGCGAAGAGUGUAUAUACAAGUUAUUAUGUAAUGAGAAAGAUAAGGCAAUAUUAAUUAAGGUAGCAAUUAAGGACAUAGUACAGUGA